UUUUGAGACGGACCAGUCACGACUUCCUGUUAUUGGACGCUUUCCUUGCGUUUAACCAAAAAAGAAAAGCAGAAGCGUGAGGCGACAUUUUGUGUAUGUCCUUCUAAAGAGUGACUGUAUUCGGCUUUUUAUCGGUCCUGUGGCAUCACUGUGAGUUCACAGCGGUCAGAGGACAUGCCUCUAUCGGACAGGUCGAGCUCUGACGGCGGCGGGGAUCCUCGGAGCCCUCGGGCCCGAAGACCUCGGACUCGCUCCCGCAGCCGCAACCGCAGCGGCAGCGAUCGAAGCUUGUCUCCGGACAGCUUUGGGCCCAAACUCCCGAAACCACGUAACCGGGAGAGGGAGCGGGAAGAACGGGAGCGUCGAUUCAAGGAGGCGAGAAACAUCCGACGGAUCCGCAUCGGAAGCCCCCGUCGUAGCAGGUCCAGGUCCAGGUCUCGAUCUCGGUCCAGGGAGCGCCACAACAACAGCAGCAGCAGCAGCAACAACCACAACCACAACCACAGUCACAACCACAAUCACUGGUCCGAGCAGCGGGACGCACCUGGAAAACACAGCAGCUUCAAGGAUGAUUAUUAUUACGAGCAGCAGAGGGACGACGCUCAGAGACAGAGACAGGAAGCUUUUAUUGCCAGGCGUCUGCAGGAGAGGGAGAGGAUCGGUGAGUUAGGUUGCCCUGAAGUUUGGGGAUAUUCACCGAGAGUGAAAGAACCAGACUCUGAUGAAUUCACACCAGUCGAAGAAGACGAGAAAAACAGCAGUUCAGAAUCAAGUUCAGAAGAAGAGAAAAAGAAGAAAAAAAAGAAAAAGAAGUCAAAGAAAAGAAAGAACAAGAAGCACUCAGAGGACAGCGAGCUGGAAUCAGAUUCAGACGAAGAAGAAGUAAAGAAGAAGAAAAAGAAAAAGAAGAGCAAGAAGUCCAAGAAGUCCAAGAAGAAGAAGGCGAAGAAGAGCCGCAAGGAGACCAGCGACUCCAGCAGUGAAGAGUCCGAGGAGGAAGAGGAGGAGGAUCCCAGUGGAGUGAUGUGGGUGGAGAAAACCUGCAUGGAUGAAAACCUGGUUGGCCCCGAAGCGCCGCUCACGCACAUGUCGCAGGACGACCGCCCCCUGGAUUUCGGUCACGCACUGUUGCCAGGUGAAGGUGCUGCGAUGGCGGAGUACGUGAAAGCCGGCAAACGUAUCCCAAGAAGAGGAGAGAUCGGACUCACCAGCGAGGAGAUCGCAAACUUUGAGAAGUCCGGCUACGUCAUGAGCGGCAGCAGACAUCGUCGUAUGGAGGCCGUGCGUCUGAGAAAGGAAAACCAGAUCUACAGUGCGGACGAGAAGAGAGCUUUGGCGUCCUUCAACCAGGAGGAGAGGAGGAAGAGAGAGAGCAAGAUCCUGUCCAGCUUCAGGGAGAUGGUGUACCGCAAAACCAAAGGCAAGGAGGAGAAGUGAGGUUCCCAGAGUUUUCUCUCACCUUUGCUCUUUGUCCAGUGACCUGAUGUGUAAAGUUAUGUCUGCAGUGUUCAGCUACAAUUUAUUGUUCAGUGUGGAGGGAUUUUAAUUGUAAAGAAAUGUCUGAAAGUAAAUGAGUUGUAUUAUAUUCACCAUUUUUCCCUAUAUCUUUUAGUUGUUCAGUCUUUAUUUGCUCUUGUAAAUGUGUUCAAGUACUCCUGAGCAGAACGGUAAAUAAAUUUUCACGACCAAUAACCUUUUGUCUUUUUCAUGCUUUUCUCAGCUACAGUCUUUGAUAGGAGCAUCAGUUCCCCAACUUUUUUUUAGCUAUUGACGAAUAUAAAGUGUCUAUUUGUGACCUGAAAACUCAGUAAAGCUUUAUGUAACAUAAA